AAGGAAAAAAAUACUCUUCACCGUCGGUAAGACGGAGUACUUACUUUAAUGCAACAAUCGGCGACUGUGCUUACACGCGCCGGCCAGCAGCGCGUGGGAACCGGCCCGUGCCCUAAUCCUCCCCUGACCUAGAAAACAAGGAAAUGGUGACCACUGCCUCCAACUUGUCCCUCUGCCGUGCCUACCAAGAAAAAUAAAACCCUCAUUUCUCUGUCUCUCCCCCCUUCCCCCUUCUCUCUCUCUUUCUCUCUCUCUCUCUCACACACAUCACCAGAAGGAAGAACAACGGAACCACAAGAUGAAGAUCAAGAACAAAGGGAAGGUACAUCCAUCUCCGUCGUCGGCGGCGCCGGUGGCGGCUCCGUACUGUGUCGUUGGAGACGCUCUGUCGGGGCUGAAGAUGCUGCCGGCGGCGAUUCUCGCUCUAGCGUCGGUGCUUUCUCUGGAAGACCGCGAGGUCCUGGCGUACAUGAUUACCAGGUCCAUGAAGGCCCCCACCAGCACCAGCACCAGCACCAGCACUUCUUCUCUCAUCCACAACGAUAAGAAGAAGAGCAAGAAAUCGCAACCCAACAGCACCGUGAACAACAGCAGUAAUCACCACAGCCACAGCCCUCUCUUCGACUGCGACUGCUUCCACUGCUACACCAGCUUCUGGUUCCGGUGGGACUCAUCGGCGAACCGCGAGCUCAUCCACCAAGCCAUCGAAGCCUUCGAGGACCAUCUCGCCGCCGGAGAGCGGGGAACUUCUCGCCGGCGUCAAAUAGGUAAAGGCAAGAAGAAAGACAAGUCCAUUCGUCGGAACACCGAUAAGCCGGUGCCGGAGACGAUGGACUCUUCCAGUCUCUCGCCUGAAACUGUGGAAGACUGUGCUGCUGAGUCGCCGGUUCCGGCGGCUUCCUCUUCGGAAAAACCGGAGCUCGCGGCCGAGUUUCCGAACGGAACGCCGCCGGAGACGGCAGCGGUUGUACGGGGCGCGGUGGACAAUAACUCCAGGGGGUUGGCUCGGAAGAUGCUGCCGGACGUGGUGGGGUUAUUGAAUUCGCGUUUGUGGAGCCUUUGGAGUCCGAAUGCGUAAAUUUUCGAGCCCAGAAAAACGACAAUUAUAUAUAUAUUUUUGGGUUAGUUUUUACUUUGUAUGCAUUAUGUUAUGACCCUUUGAAGUAAAGUAAGCAUUUGCUUCCUUCAAAAAUCUUCCUAUUCACGUUCGUUUUUGGGUGCCUGAACUUGAGGCACUCGCCGGCGGGUAGUUUUACCCGGCGAGGCGGUCUAGCUGUUCUUCGCUCACUGUUUUUUGUUUUGAAAAACAUGUUUUAGUUGUUUUUUGCAUUAUUUAAUUUUGCUUAGGAGCUAAGUUUUGAAAGUUGGUGAAGAUAGGUGGACCAAAUAGAUUAUAGAUGUGACCUCGGGUCUUAAGCGGCGACCUUACUGUAUUAAUGCUGCUCUAUAUAUGAUAUGAUGCUGCUUUUUU